CACUACACAACCACAAACAAAUCCAAAUCUAAUUCCUUAUCUCGUUCGAUACCCUGAUUCCUACUCUCUCACUAGCACAGUUUCCACUCUAUUGUAUAUGUAUCUGUGUAAUAUAAGUUUGCUUGGUCACCAAGAAACGACAAAGGGAAAUAGUAUCUAACUUUUCCUUUGCUGAUUGUAAAUAAUCUCUCUCUUUUCUCUAUUGGAUCGAUCAUAGCUUUCUGCACCUUCUUCCUCUUAGGUUCUCAUAUUUUUCUCUCUUGUUGUGGCCCUCAACUUUGUAGGCUCACCUUAAAAUACCUUCUUUUCUUUUUGGUGGGGGUGAGAGUCGUUAUCUUAUUCCUGGUUUCAUCUACAAGAAACUACUAACAUCUGUCUUGUUUUAGUUUCAGAAUUCGUUAUACUCUCACACACACCAAAACUCUGGAACACCAUGAUUUUUCCAAGAUUUUGUACGAAUCUAAAAGGGACUUAAUUCAACUAGAGUUUUUGUAUGCUUGUGUCUUGAGGUAUGGAAAUGGAAACCCUCUACUCCCCUUGUAUUAUGCCAAAUUCAAAUUGGUUUGUGCAAGAGGGCUACAGCACAGAGUGGACUAGAGAAGAUAACAAAAAGUUUGAAAGUGCCCUUGCUAUAUUUGACAAGGACACACCAGAUAGGUGGUUCAAGGUGGCAGCCAUGAUCCCUGGGAAGACUGUGUUUGAUGUGAUCAAGCAGUAUAGGGAAUUGGAAGAAGAUGUGAGUGAAAUUGAAGCAGGGCGUGUUCCACUUCCUGGCUAUCUUGCCUCCUCUUUCACCUUUGAGCUGGUUGACAACCACAACUAUGAUGGAUGCAGAAGAAGGCCUGCUCCUGUCAGAGGUUCUGAUCACGAGAGAAAGAAAGGGGUACCCUGGACUGAAGAGGAACACAGACGGUUUCUGAUGGGACUUCUAAAGUAUGGUAAAGGAGACUGGAGAAACAUCUCUCGCAAUUUUGUGGUCACAAAGACUCCUACACAAGUUGCUAGUCAUGCACAGAAGUACUACAUAAGGCAAAAGGUUUCUGGAGGGAAAGAUAAAAGGAGGCCUAGCAUCCAUGAUAUAACCACUGUUAAUCUCACAGAAACCGCUGAAUCAGAUAAGAACAAGGCUCAGUUAUUUAAUGUGUCUCCCAUGAUUGCACCACAGCAGAGGCUGAAUAGCAUGUCAAAAGUACAGUUGGACUGGUCUAGCCACUACAGUGAUGGAUCACUAAUGGUUUUCAACCCCAAUAGUGAUGAUGACUUGUUUCUGUCAUCUUCAUCUGAUAUCACUUCCAAAACCCUGAAAAUGCAAGGACAGGAUCUAUAUGACUGUGCUUUACAUGAGGCUUAUGCCAAGGUAAAAGUUCCAAGUUUCAGCAUGGCUCCUAGAGACUUCAACAACGAAGCUGUUUUUGGUAUUCAUGCACUGUAAUCCCAAUCCUGAUGAUGUUAAACCAAAAAAAUAUAUAUAUAUCCACUUCAUAGGUCAUUGUUCUAUAGGAUUAAUGUAGAUGAGCUGAAGCUAGCUACCUCAUGGUUAGUGAAAAUCCUAAAAGAAGACUAAAUAAUGUUGCAUCCUUAAAACUGAAUUUGGAAUAGACUUCCUUUGAAGUUUUCCUCUUUAUCUUUUGUCACA